GUCGCAUACACAGCAAUUUCGGACUCUGACCACCAGAUGGCAUCUGUGCACCAAGACGGAAGCGAGCAAAACGCGGUACCAUUUCAAGGGGAGCAGGUUCUUCCGGGGUCACUGUUGUAUUUUUGUAUCGAGCGGGUAAUUUUCGUACCUGCAUUGGUAAAAUUAGAAUAGGAUUUUAGAGUACGGGCACACUGUUGACAUUGUAAAUCAUGAAGGCCAUUAAAUUGCUUGUUGUGGUGUUAGUGCUUUCUGCAUCUUUGCUUUGUGUCGAUUCGGCAAGGAGCCGGAAAGAUUCUAGCAACCAGAAUAGUUUCAGAAGGGCUGCGAACGGUUUCUAUCAGAUGCUGAGCAAUAUUUUUGGAGAGGACAACAUCAGAAGUUUAUAUAAGUUCUUCUCUAAGACCACAGAGCGUUUUGUGCAUGGCGUGGACUCCUUCCUGGACACUGUAUGGAAGAUUUGGACAGAUCUGCUGGAUGUUUUGGGGAUUGACUCCUCCAGUCUGAGUCACUAUUUCAGCCCGGCGUCGGUGUCAAGCUCCCCCGCCCGUGCGCUGCUGCUGGUGGGCGCUGUGCUGCUCUCCUAUUGGUUCCUGUCGGUGCUGCUGGGCGGGGUCUUCUACCUGCUCCAGGUGGUGUUUGGGCGGUUCUUCUGGCUGGUGCGUGUGCUGCUGUUCGCCCUGUCCUGCCUCUACAUCCUGCCCAAGUUCGAGGGCGACCCCGAGCGUGCCGUGCUGCCCCUCUGCUUCAUCAUGGCCGUCUACUUCAUGACCGGCCCGGUGGGGGGGUACUGGCGCCGCGGGGGGGGCAGCUCCCUGGAGGAGAAGAUCGACCACCUGGACACCCAAAUCCGGCUGCUGAACAUCCGGCUGAGCCGGGUCAUCGACAGCCUGGAGCGGUCCGCAGACCAGUAACCUGGGCAACGGGCGGGGUGGGGGGUCAUGGGUCGAUGUGGCAGAUGGGGGUGUAGUGUGUAUUUUGGGGGAGGGUUGGGUGGCGUGGGGUGGGGCAAGGCGGGGUGGGGCAGGGUUGGUCUAAUGCUCUCCAAACAUGGUUUUGGACCCAUAAGGACCUUUUAUUUGGGAAUCCACAGUAUUAUUGUAGAGUAGCCAAGCACAGCUAAUGCAUGUUCCUGGGCGGGGUGGGGGGGGGGCUGUACCAUGCGGUUGGCAUGGCGAUGUGUGUGAGGGGGGUACUGCAUGUGUCAGAAGAGUGGCUCUUACAGGGGCAGCAAAAGGUUAGCAGUGUAGAGGAUAGAGCCCCCCUGGCAUGUAGGCGUGAGGUCUGUUUGCCCCCCCCCCCCAGGACGCCAGACCCCCCCUGGGUCUCACAGCUCAGAAUGAGUCAUUCCGUGUAGCUUAGCCAGUCCAGCGCCCGUCCUUUCAGCAGCCACAUGUCCCUGUAGAGCUGCGUUUCGCCCUCUACGCUUUCUUUAGCAGAAACACUGGAACAGUCUCCAUGCAUGUAUGAUUUAUCAUCACCACACACACAGCCGCUUGGUUCCAUUCUUAGCUUGUUUUCCGAAGUAAAUCCAAGUGGGUCUCGUGAUUGACGCAGGGCGCCUUGGUCAGGCUGCUUGCAGCGCUCAGUGUUGUAUGAGAGCACUGGUGAGGAGCAUUGCCCUCUGAUUCUUCAGUGUAAGGAUACAUGAGCUGUUUCUGUGUGCUUAUGAGAUUAAAUCUAGUCUGUGGCUCCGUCUCCUUCCACUUUGGUCCACAGACCUGCGUAGGACAGACAUGCUGAGUUUGGCUUCCUGUACAGUCUGCUUGUGUUCAGUGUGAAAGGGAAUAGUCUGCUUGUGUUUAGUGUGAAACGGAAUAGUCUGCUUGUGUUCAGUGUGAAAGGGAAUAGUCUGCUUGUGUUUAUUGUGAAAAGGAAUAGUCUGCUUGUGUUUAGUGAAAUGGACAUUCCAGUGUUUAUUGAUUUUUUCCAUGCAGCCGGUCCCAUGGCAUUUCUGUGUGUUACUUGUGGCAUUAGGUGACCCAGUGAAAUCAGAGAUGGAGAUUCUGUCCCAGCUGUAAAUAAGGAGGCUCCUGUGUGCUGUAGUCCAGCAGCACCAGUGAACUGUGGACCUGCUGGCAGAGCAGGGUCAUUUCACUAUGCGCUAUGCGCUAAGCGCUAAGCUACCACCAGCCCAGUCAUCGUGCCAUUGUACCAAUAGCUAUAUCUCUGAAUGACUUUAAGGACCUUAUUUUCUAUAUUAUGGACCUGUAUGUGUGCCUGUGUGUGCAUGCUUGUGUGUGUGAGCGCGUGUGGGUGUGUGCGUGCGUGUGUCUGUGAAGUGGUGAGAGGUAAAUAAGCAGGUGAGGGUUCAGGAUUGGAAGGCAUGUUACUCUCAGGGAGAGAGAGUCGGUGAGGAGGCCCAUGUGCAGGAGAGUUAAUCUUCCUGAUCUCAUCUCUGAGCUUUACUCCUAUGUGAUUGGCUCAGCAGCUUACACCAAGCUGCAACCGAGCAUUGCUUUCUGAUCUGUGGCUGCUGCGCCCCCUGGUGGCCACGAUGAGCCCACCGCUGUUUUUUUGGGGCUCUGUCUUUGUGUGAUAAAGCUUGCGGCUGAUUUAGGAGUCGGAGGGUCCAGAAAGGGAGCGCUUCUUUGGGGAGAUGCAGGGUGGCUUCUUGUUCUGCGGCUGCUUAAAUGUUCUCUGAGGGAUUCAUUAUCAGACUGCUCCCUUUCACAGAGCUCUAAGUGUGAGCUAUUGGCCCUUAAAGAUGUGCUGAUGAGGCUUUCUAGUGAAAAACAGCGACAUUUUUAAACCAGCAAGCGGUGAAAUGCUCAGGCCAGUAGCAGGCUAGCCGGCUGCACCCUUUACCUAGCGUCUUAGCCUUCAGCCACAGGGUCAGGCUCUGAGAGAAUCUGUCUUUAGCCAUUCUAUCACAGUUUAAACAUCUUCUGAGCUCCCAGCUUUGAGUUCAGUUCUGCGCUUUGCUUCAGUUUGUUUUAAGCACUGAAUUACAGAAGACUGUGGAGUGAUAUGAGUAAAGCACUCUGAUUGGAGGAGUGAUAUGAGUAAAACACUGAUUGGAGGAGUGAUGUGAGUAAAGCACUCUGAUUGGAGGGAGUGAUAUGAAUAAAGCACUGAUUGGAGGGAGUGAUAUGAAUAAAGCACUCUGAUUGGAGGGAGUGAUAUGAGUAAAGCACUCUGAUUGGAGGGAGUGAUAUGAGUAAAGCCCUCUGAUUGGAGCAUUGUUGUCAGUAUUUCGCAGAGCAUGGUGUGAAGGCCUCUCCUCUCACCCAGGUUAAAUGCUGGGUUAUUUUGGGACCUGUGCAUGCCUGCGUUAAAUCCCCCACCCUCCCUUCUGUGUGGCGUUUUUGGUUUUUUAUCAUUUUGAAGGAAUGUGUGGCGCUCUCUAAAGGAUCUGUCCCCGUCCUGCAGAAUAAUGAGUCUCCUGAUUUAUCUCACACUCCUAUUAGGAAUUUAACUGUACUGUUCAGCAUAUAGAUGUAGUGCUAGGAUGCAGAGUUAUUUAAUUGGUAGAAACGUGUGAUUGUAAAAUUAGGUGUUUAUCAGUCGUAUUUAUUAAACCGUAAGGAGGUUUAGGUUAAUUUCUCUCUGAUCAUGACAAGUCUGUUGUUAAUAUCUCUAAGCUGCACUCCAGAAUGUGUGCUGUUGUACUGUAUCAGUGUGGACAAACUGCUGCUAUCAUGGGCUUUAACUUGCUCCAUAUUUACCGCAGAACGGCUGAAGUGUGUCAGACGGCACAUCGAAGUCUGAAUCUGUGUAUUCAUGCGCAUGACUUAAGUCCACUGUAGAGGACAUUCCCGCGUUGUUUCUGUCGCUAAACCCGCCGUCUCCAGCGCGCGGUCGCAGGACUGUUACGGGGAGACGGCCUGCCCUCCGAAAGUGUGUUUGCUCUGGCGUCCCGCCCCCCUCAGGGGGGUCACCAUCCUGCACCCCGACCCCUUCCUGUCCUCCGCUGGCCUUUUAGUCCGGCACCUGCUGUCAGGAGCAGCAUCCCCCUCACAGUGUAAAACUGCUCUCUGCAGCAUUGCUCUGAUUUUAACCUGUACGUAUGUGGGGAGAUGCUGUAUUUUAAGAUGAAUCGUUACCGUUUGACAUUUGAAACGCAUCACUAAUGGAGGAGAUGAGGAAGGGCUUCAGUGCAGGAGAAUGCGAGAGCAGUGUUUUGAGGUUUUUUGUCCCUUUGCCUUGCACAUCUAGCUUCAUCACGUUUUGCACUGAUUUAUUUAAACCAAACAUCCCUGAUCCCGCGGAGUUCUGGGCCUUCACCACUCCUGCUGCUGCAUGGCCGUUGUGUCUGAGCCCUGCAGUGUAACUCCAUCGCUGAGAGACGGGAGCUGAGUGGAGCGGUGAAGCAGGAAGUGGAAGUGUGUCCUGUUUAACUGCAGGGGGCGCUCAUUCACACAGCAGUGUGGUGAGCUGCAGCCAAACACAUUCAAAGCCAGCAUGAGUCUUUGUUACAAGUUGUACAAAUAAAAUUUCUGUACUAAACUGUAAGUUGCAUCAUAAAGUUUUUUAAUAUAAAAUUCAUAAUCAUUUAUUAGGUUGUAAUCAUGGCUGAACACUGUAUUUGUUUGAACGGGCCCUUAAAUACAUUUGCUUGAUUCUAUGGACACUGUAUAUUAAUGCAGAUACGUCAGCACUGGGUCUAGUGCUCCAGUACAGAGAGGACCAGCUUCAGUAAAACCAUGCUUCAGUGACACUGUUCUGCUUCUUUCUGGAACCUUCUGAACUGUCGUUGCCAAAUCAGAAACGUAUCGGCCUGCACUGAUUUUCCUGUGAAACCUUUAAAUAUAACGUGGCUGUCUGCUGUACCUUUUGUUUUUAUGCUUAUUGAAUCGGUUUCCUGUUUCGAUGAAUAUUUUUCUGUACCUGUGUGGUUUUGGGGACGGUGUGCUGACUGCCUGCUGUCAGCUUGCUUUGUGUCAUGAGUCUUGUGGUGAAGUCUCCUGAAGAUGUGAUUUUAAAUAGAGGUCCAGAGUUUAAAUAAACCUUCAUCUUUAUCACCA